AUGAUGGACAACCAAAAAUACAAUUUGAGAGAAUAUUACCAGAAGAAUGAAGAAUGGCUACCUGGAACAAAAGGCAUUUCCUUGACAGAAGAUCAAUGGGGAAUUCUUGUAUCAAAGAUAGGUGAGAUCAAUGAAGCAUUACAAGCAAUUGAUCAUAAGGAAGAGGUUGAAAAAAGAAAAGAAGAAGCAAAUGCAGGCUCGGAGGAGUCAGAUGAUUCAGAAGAGGAAGACUUAGAAGGUGUCGAGUUUGAAGAUGUUGUUGACGAAAGACCAAAGAAAAGAUCUAGAGAUGAGAGAAGUAAGAAGUCUAGAAAAAGAAGUAAGCGUUCGGAUUGA